AAAACGGACCAAUGACUGCCAGCCUUGGAUGAUUUAGCCAGAGAAGGCGAUAAGUAACACGCUGCUCCAUUGGUUGUGGUGUCGCCUCCUAUAUGUGUGUGAGGAAGGCGACCUGUUAGGAUCCUGCGUGUGUGUGUGCCGGCCUGUCGUACGGUCUCUACCUUCAUUAUGGAACCUCCCGUAGGGAAGGCGCAGUCGCUGCUGCUGCUAGCGCCAGUCACUGCCCUGCAGUGCGUGGGGGACCGAGUCUUGGCAGGUGAAGGGCCUAACCUACUAAUCUAUUGCUUGGAAUCUGGUGAGCAGCUUGUAGUGACCAAGUGUGUGCCAAGUGUUCUCAGUCAUUACUACAUCCAUGGCAUCAGGGAACUUCAGAGCCCAUCUUCCACGAAGGCAUCAGAGACAACUGUGGCUGUCUUUGGAAGCAAAGGCCUCCGUGUCCUGACAUUGAGCUGGGGAGAGAAGGCAGAGAGUCUGACGUGGAUGUCUCAGCUCUGUGAACUUCAUGACUGGAUCUGGGAUCUUCACUGGGUCCAGGGCCCUGGAAAAGCCACUCUUGCCUUGGCCCUAGCCCUGGGACACAACUCAGUGGUCCUGUAUGACCACAUCCACCAGCAGAUCUUGCAAGAGGUACACUGUGAGGAGACAUGUAUUAUCUAUUCUGCUUGCUUGGCAGGGAAGGACUGGCAGGAGCUGGUGCUGGUUGCUGGCACCGUCUUUAACCAGCUUGUGAUUUGGCACCCAGCUGAUUUCACUGGUGAGGAAAGAAGAGUCAAAGUAGAAAGAAGGAUAAGUGGGCACAAUGGAGUCAUCUUCAGUAUCUGCUACCUGGAGAGUAAAGGCCUUUUAGCCUCAGCCUCUGACGACCGGAGCAUUCGGGUCUGGAGAGUGGGGGACCUGAGGGCCCCUCUCAGCUUAGUUCAAUGUAUCCUAGUGUGUUAUGGUCACCAGUCCAGGGUGUGGGCUGUCCAGCUCCUAGACAAUUACAUUAUUAGCAUUGGUGAGGAUUCAGCUUGCAUUGUAUGGAAUUACAGUGGUGAAAUAGUUCAGACCUUUAAAGGACACAAAGGUCGUAGCAUCAGGGCUGUGACGGUGCACCAGACACAAGCCUGGAUGGUCACUGGUGGAGCUGAUUCAGGCAUUAGACUUUGGCCCCUUAGAGGGAACAGGCUUCUGGGCAACAGCCUCCUACCACUCCGUUUCAGCUCUUUUACAAAGAAGGGCUCUCCAAAAGCUUUAACGUUAGUCAGUAGCUCAUGGCUUCUCGUGAUGACUGACAUUGGAGCUGUUUAUCUAUAUGACUUGACAAUUAAACAGUGGAAGUUCAUCUUGGAUGAUAUCAAUUACCAGUCCUACAAUUUAUUGGAUGCAGUUCAGCUCCCUGGUGGCAGUGUGAUAUGUGCACUGGGGAACCUGGAGGGCCGCAUUAAAAUAUUUCCCCUCCACUACCCACAAGAGGCAAAGGAACUGAAGCUUUAUAAAGGGAAGGUCCACGGGCUGAGCUGGGUCACACGCCAGCCCCAGGAUCCAUUAAGGCACGAUUCGUGCUGUGCCCUUUUUUUGUCUGGCCCAGAUGGGGUCUUGUCAUGGCUAGAUGUCUCAUUCUGCCCUUUAGGAAAAGUAGACAAGGUGGUGGAGCGGCGGCGCUAUGUUCUGCCCCUCUGCAAACAAAGGUGGCACACAUGCCUCACCUUCUUACCCCAAGGGGACUUCUUUGUGUGUGGUGAUCGCAGGGGCUCUCUCCUGUUGUUUCCUUGUGGAGCAGCCACUGUCAAACCCAGCAGGGAAGAGAGAGGGGGAAGGGAGAGUGGCAGCAGUACUGAUGGGGAGGAGUCUGAUCAUGGAUCCGAUCGAUCUCUCUCCCCUGGGGAGGGAGCCCCUGUUGACCUUCUGUAUGGGAUUCAUGGGAAACAAGGGGUUACCUCAGUGACCUACCACAAGGGCUACGUCUAUAGUACGGGCAGGGAUGGCUCCUUCCAACAGCUUUGUGUGCUAGGUCAGCAGCUCCGGCCUCUGUGGAAACAGAAGCCCUGCAAAGGCAUGGACUGGGUGGCUGGGCUCAGCUUUGCCCCUGAUGAAAACCUGCUUGUCCUUGGCUUCCAUUCUACUGACUUUGUUGUCUGGAGCCCAAGGACCCACGAGAAGCUUCACAAAGUGCCCUGUGGUGGAGGCCACCGUUCUUGGGGUUACACCAGCACUCCAGCCACCAUGGUCUUUGCCUAUAUCAAGGCAGGGGAUGUCAUGGUGUAUCAGGCCCAGGAGGGAGGCAGCAGCUGCCAAGCAGUCCUAAAGGAAUCUCUGCAUGGCCGAGAGCUCACUUGUGUGAGGUAUGUUGGAAGUAUGAAGACUCAAGAGGGGAGCAACACCACUGACAUCCUGGUCACAAGCAGUGAAGACACAACAGUGAACAUCCUGGCUUUCGUAGCUGCUUCCUCCACAGUCUUUUUGCUUGCCACUAUCAAUAACCACAUUUCUAGUGUUCGGACCCUGGCACUGUGUGAGGCAAACACUAAUGGUGGAGAAGCAGAGACAGGCCUCAGAGCCCUCCUGUUCUCUGCUGGCAGUAGGGCUGAGAUGCAAUGCUAUCAACUCCUGGUCAUGCCAGACCUCACCACCCAGGCAGGGCUUACUUGCCGGGUUACUCAUCUGAUUUCUCACCGGUUAGAUGAGCACUGGGACCGCCAGAGGAACAAGCACAAGGUUAUUAAGAUGAACCCUGAAACCAGGUACAUGUCCAUUGUCGUGGUGACCAGUCCUCAGCAAUCUGGGUUUGGCCUUGUCCUGGCUGCAGCCUGUAGUGAUGGAUCUGUGAAACUCUUUCUGGUAGAUGAAUUGGCUCGAAAACUACAGCUCUUAGCAGAGUCCUUUUACCAUCAACGCUGUGUCCUGAAGAUCCAGACAUUUACCUACGAGGCAGGAACUGGGACAAGAAGUGUGGUCCUGUGCAGCGCAGCCACAGAUGGAAGCAUUGCAUUCUGGGACAUCACUGCUACCUUGGACCAUGGCCUUAGGGUCAUGAAAUCACCAGAAAGAACCCAGCUCCCCUGUGAUCUGGGAUGUCCCUUUCUGACCAUCCAAGCACACAGCUGUGGGGUGAACAGUCUCCACAUCAGAGAGAUUCGUGCAGGGCAGUAUCUUGUGGCCAGUGGCAGUGAUGAUGGCUCCAUCCAUGUCUGCCUGGUUGCUGUGGAAAUGCCCCUAAUUCCACAGGACUCUUCACAAGAGCCCAGAGAGCUCACUCCAAAGACCUGCUUGCACAUGAUGCAGAAGUUUUCUGUGGUUUCUGCUCAUUCCGCCCAUGUGACAGGACUAAAGGUCCUAAGACCAGACCUCUUGGUCUCUGCCUCUGUCGACCAGCGCCUGACAUUUUGGAGCUUGGGACCUACUGGCCUAGCUUUUGUGAGCAGCAAAGUGUGCCAUGUGGCAGAUGUGUCUGACAUUGACUGCUGGGCCAGUGGGACGGGCAAAAGCUUUCACUGUGCCCUCUCUGGACAGGGUUUGGAGAUCAUCCUUUGGACAGGGUGAGCAGUACUCUGGAAACAGCCAGGAAAUCCAAUCUGGGGCUGGACUUCAUGGAAAUGUUGUCCCCAGCAAUACUGGUUCUGUCCCUACCCCAGGCAACUUGUCAAAUACCUGACCCUGCUCAGUGAAGGAAUAAAGAAACUAAAAGUGAGCCUGGCACCUGAGAAACCUUAUUUCAUGGAGAGAACAAAAGACUUGGAGGAUGUUGGAACAUAAGGUAAGGAGGAGUGGAUCUGAGAGGCUGUAGCAGGCUAUGUCCUCCUGCACAGCUACAAGACUGAGACCUCCAGUCUAGACAGAUACAGUGCAGUGAGCAAAUGCACUCCUCUGAUUCUGGGUCUUCAGUGUCAUCAGUCAGUAAACAGUAAUGUGGAGAAUCUGGGAGGAUCUGGCCCAUCUGAGAGAGGGCAGCCUCCAGGGCAAAGAGUGCUGAAGAAUUUCUGGAGGACAUGAAGGUGCCUUAUGUGGUGUAGAUUAAAAUUCUGGAAGUUGUUUUU